AUGUCGGUAUUUUACUACCCCAAGGUAGUGGAUUUGUCUGAGAUCAGAUACUUGAAGUACCAGGCGGCGUCUCUCCCGCUCGACCUCGUGGCGGACAUCGCGGCGCGCUCCGACCCGGUCACGCUCGUGCGCUGCGCCGCGACGUGCGGCGACCUGCGCGGCCGCGUCGCGGACCCGGGCUUCCGCCGGCGCCUCCGCCUCCGGCAAGCCGACCGCUUCGUCCCCUCCCUCCUGCGCGGCCACCUGAUCGGGGAUAAGAGCUACUCGAAGAGCGAGCCCAGCAAGGACGAGCGAAUGUACCUGGUGGACGCUACCGCGGCGGGCGACACCGUCGGAGUGCUCCGCGCCGAUGAGUGAUUCCCUCCAGGCCCGGAAGGCGAGCCCCUGACGCUUAGCAGUCCAAUGACUGCGCGCGACGGCUUCGUCCUCGUCUACAAGGCUCACGAG